AUGGAUCAGCUGGACAUCAUCUCCAUGGCAGAGACAACCAUGAGGCCAGAGGAGAUCGAGCUGGAGAUGGUGAAAAUCCAGCGUCUCCGGGAAGUCUUGGUCCGGCAGGAGUCUGCGCUCAGGUUUAUGAUGGAUGACAUCCAGCUCUGCAACGACAUCAUGGACUUGAAGCAGGAGCUGCAGAACUUGGUCGCCAUCCCAGAAAAAGAAAAAAACAAGUUGCAGAAGCAGAGAGAGGACGAGCUAAUCCAGAAGAUCCACAAACUGGUGCAGAAGAGGGACUUCCUGGUGGACGAUGCAGAGGUUGAGCGGCUAAGGGAGCAAGAAGAAGACAAGGAAAUGGCCGAUUUUCUGAGAAUCAAGUUAAAACCUCUAGACAAAGUAAUCAAAUCUCCAGCCAGCUCCCGAGCAGAAAAGAAAGCCGAGCCCCCACCUAGCAAGCCCACGGUAGCCAAGAUGGGGCUGGCGCUCAUCAAGGAUUGCUGCGGGGCCACCCAGUGCAAUAUCAUGUAGCCCCCACAUGGGGUGCCCCCGGGGCCAUGGGGACCCCCCCUCCCACCCUCUUGUCUUCAUAGCCCCCAUUUCACCGGGGCCCAAGAGCUCUCCAAGGCGGAAGGGAUUGAAGGCAAGCCCAUGACUGCCGCCAGGGGCCGUGGGUGCGGCGGGCAGGCCCGGCCGCCCUGUACAGAGUGUAGCAAUAGGGAGUCCCUCACCGUCGCAUGGCCCUCCCCAGAGCAUGCCGAACCCAGGAGUCUGUCUCACUGUUUAUCCAACCACCAGGAAAGGUCCUCCCUCGAAAAAGUAUAUCUCCACUUCUAUCUAGCUGUAUCUAACCCACUGUGCGAAUGAACUGGGAGGGGGCAUGAUCCCCAGGUGUGUAUAGUCGUGACUUUUCAACAGUCUAGCACCAUGUUGGACACAUCCCCCAUCCACCCUCCUAGUUCUGCUGUCAGGCUGCCCCAAACGGCUCCACCCCCGAUCUGUCCUCUCCCAGGGGCUGUGCCCUGGAGGGCUCCACACAGCCCACGUGUCUGGAGACACAGAGGGCCCAUCUGUAAAGACUGAGCUUGUGUGUGGUGUCGUGGUCACAUCUCCCGCUUCCUCCCCUCCUGUGUCUGGGCACGGCUUGUAUCAGGAGUGUGUCCGUUCGCUCUUGGCUCUUCCUUCCCUUGCAACGUCUGUCCCAGGUGUGUGGAGCAGAGUGGGGAUGGGGCCCCGGCUGAAGCACACCUAGUACUUGGGAGAGGUAGCAGAGAGCUGGGAGCUCCAACUCGAGGCAAGGGCAGAUGAGAAGGGACCCAGAGCAGAUGCUGACCCAGGCACUCUCCACCCCCGGGGGCCACCGGAUGGACGGAGUGCCAGCCGGACGCCACUCACCAGCCUAACACACAGACCUCCGCAAACAACAAUGGCAGGCAGGAGAGGCGGCCUGACCCAACCGUGUCCCAUCAUUCGGUGGUGUAUUUUAACCAGCCUAACAAUUCCACCUGUGUAACUUGAUGUACAUUUGCUACAGCCAGCCCGGCACAGCCCAUGUGACCUCUCUGUACGUGUGUGUGUGUGUCGUGACCGGCCUAAGUAGUUAGCAUAACUCAAGAUUUGCUGAUGUGCAAUCAUCCAUCAGAGAAAAUAAAAAUGGAAACCACG